AUGUCCACGGUCGCGUCUGAAAACUUUGUAACCAGGGAUACUGUACACACCCGAUCAGACGUGGCUCCAGUCGUCAACUCAGACCUGGCUCCAGUCGUCAGUUCAGACCUGGCUCCAGUCGUCAGUUCAGAUCUGGCUCAAGUCGUCAGCACAGAUGUGGCUCCAGUCGUCAGCACAGAUGUGGCUCCAGUCGUCAGCUCAGAAGUGCCUUCAGUCGUCAGCACAGACCUGGCUCCAGUCGUCAGCACAGACGUGGCUCCAGUCGUCAGCUCAGACCUGGCUCCAGUCGUCAGCUCAGAAGUGCCUUCAGUCGUCAGCUCAGACCUGGCUCCAGUCGUCAGUUCUGCUAUGAGCCAGUUCCCUCCAGAUCCACUGUCCUUGGUCAAGUGCAGGAGGUUAUCAGUGCAAGUGGUCGAUUGCUGUGCAACACAAGGUCUCCAAACAAAUAAAGACCACAAGAAUAACACAGAUGGAGAAAACCCCAAAACUGGAACAGGAGGAGAAUCCCAACCUGCUUUGUCAGCUGCCCUCCCAGAGACCACAUUGAAGAAGCAUCUCUGUUCUGGUGUUGACAAGAGCUUCAGUAACCUGAAAACUCUAAAAUCACACCAGCAAUCCAAUCAAGGGAAACCACCUCAUUGUUCUGUCAUCGCAAAACCUUCUGCUACAAAGAGGAGUUUGAAGAAGCGCCAGCGCAUUGAAGAUGGAGACGACCCCAAUCAGUGCAGACAGUGUGGGAAACGUUUUAGUGCACCAUCACAACUUAAACAACAUCAGCUUACACAUACAAAAGAGAAACCCCAUCAAUGCGAACAGUGUAAGAGGCAUUUUCGGGACCCAAAAUCAUUGAAACGACACCAACUCACUCACACCGGACAGAAACCCCAUCAAUGUGGACAGUGCGGGAAAAGGUUUACACACGCGGGGCACCUCAAAGCACACCAGCUCACUCACACAGGAGAGAGACCAUACAGCUGUGGACAGUGUGGUAAAUGUUUUACACAGGCGGGUAAUCUCAAAGCACACCAGCUCACUCACACAGGAGAGAGGCCAUACAGCUGUAAACAGUGUGGUAAAUGUUUUACACAGGCGCGGCACCUCAAAGUACACCAGCUCAUACACUCUGGAGAGAGGCCAUACAGCUGUGGACAGUGUGGUAAAUGUUUUACAGAAUCAGGGAGUCUCAAACGACACCAGCUCAUUCACACCGGACAGAAAGCCCAUCAAUGUGGACAGUGCGGGAAAAGGUUUACACACGCGGGGCACCUCAAAGCACACCAGCUCACUCACACAGGAGAGAGACCAUACAGCUGUGGACAGUGUGGUAAAUGUUUCACCCGGGCAGGGAGUCUCAAAGCACACCAUCGUAUUCACUCUGGAGAGAAGCCAUACAGCUGUGGUCAGUGUGGUAAAUAUUUUACAGAAUCAGGGAGUCUCAAAAAACACCAGCUCAUUCACACCGGACAGAAAGCCUAUCCAUGUGGACAGUGUGGGAAAUGUUUUUCACGGGCAGAUGCUCUCAAAGUACACCAGCUCAUUCACACCGGACAGAAAGCCCAUCCAUGUGGACAGUGUGGUAAAUGUUUUACACAGGCGGGGCACCUCAAAGUACACCAGCUCACUCACACUGGAGAGAGGCCAUACAGCUGUGGCCAGUGUGGUAAAUGUUUUACAGAAUCAGGGACUCUCAAAAAACACCAGCUCAUUCACACUGGACAGAAAGCCCAUCAGUGCAAACACUGUGAGAGGAGUUUUCGGUGCCAAGAAGCACUUAGACGACACCAGCUUACACACACAUGAGAGAAACCCUACCACUACACACAGUACACGAGAGAUAGUACAGUACAUUUUGUUUUUAUUCUGGUUCUUGCAUUGUUUUUCUUUCAUCUAUAGAUGGGUUUCAUAUUCACAGUCCGCCUGCACACACCAACACGGGGCAGAAAGUUAUCAAUGACAAUAGCAAACAUUACGAGGUCCUGUUUCAAUCUAUUGUGUAUUACUUGUAGUCUACUAAUCGCUCUUUUGUGAACAAAAACAGCUGGUAGACACGGCACAUUCCCAAUCGUAAUAUUACGCGUUGAACAUGGAAUCUUGACCUAGAAGAAGGCAACAACAAAAAAAAGUCCAAGAAAGCUCUUAUUUUUCACCCUGGAUAAACCAUUUACAACCGUGACAAUCAGGGAGCAAUGGGGCAGGUGACAACCCUACUGUGUAUGGGACUGAUAUGGACUACACAACACCCACACAUGCAAACAGAUGCAUACCGUACAUGUACAGUACACAGACACAGACAUGCAAAUAGACAUACUGUACACGCAGACACACACAUGCAGAUAGAAUACACAGACACACUUUACACACACACACACACACACACAGUACACACAUGCAAACAGAUGCAUACCAUACAUGUACAGUACACAUAGACGCAGACAUGCAAAUAGACAUACUGUACACGCAGACAUACACAUGCAGAUAGAAUACAAAGACACACUUUACACACACACACACACAGAUACAGUACACACACACACACAGUACACACAUGCAAACAGAUGCAUACCGUACAUGUACAGUACACAGUAUAGACGCAGACAUGCAAAUAGACAUACUGUACACGCAGACAUACACAUGCAGAUAGAAUACACACUUUACACACACACACACACACACACACACAGAGAUACAGUACACACACACACACAUGCAAACAGAUGCAUACCAUACAUGUACAGUACACAUAGAUGACGUGUACAUGGCACUGAUCUGGCCUAUAGUACACACACACUAAACAUAGAGUAGACGUGCACUUGCAUUCUGCCCUGUCUAAGGACUCCCUCUGGUGGAGAGUAUUGGGUGUUUCUAAGAUGCUCCAGGUCUAGAACCUUCUCAUAGCGUUAACACACACACACACACACACACACACGGCUGACAAGGGAAGCCAGAGCAAGAGGUGGUGGGUGGGUGAUAAACGUGGCUAAACAUAGACUAGACUCCUCCAAUGUCUUUGUCUGUCCUCCAACAAGUAUUGAAUUGAACAGCACAUCCCCCUUGUACCUACAGUGCAAUGUAUAUGUGCUUGUCUCUGAGCACAACAAUACAGGCGGUUUAUUUUCCUUUGUUUCAAAGUUGAUCAUGUUACUCAGUGUUGAUAAUGUUGUUCCCUGUUGUUAUUGACCACCUCCAGCGUGUACUGUACUGUACCCCGUACCUGGUGAAUGUUCAGGGGACACAUGCUGCUGUCCGUGGUACUGAAACCCUUCAUUUUCAAAUCUACUAUUGGAAUUAUGCUAAAAAGUAUAUUUUCACGUUUUUUUUUUUUAAAUACAUUUUUCCAUGUGUAGA